CACACAAAAAUUGUGUGCCUCUCAGGUACAGUGAAAUGGCGCGAAGGGUACAAAAUGAUUGAGUUUGUUUGGUUGGUUUAAGGUUUUUCUGAUGAUCCCGAUUCUCGCGCUUGCUGCUAUGACCGAUUUUGCCGGUCACCCGGUCGUGUUAGCUUAACCUAUAUGGGGAUUAAUCUAUUGUAUUGUGCAGAAUGGGAAGGGUAAAGCUAAAGAUAAAGAGGUUGGAGAAUACAAAUGGUCGUCAAGCGACCUAUGCGAAAAGGAAGCAUGGCAUCAUGAAAAAGGCUAAUGAGUUAUCCAUACUAUGUGACAUAGACAUUGUUCUUCUCAUGUUCUCACCAAGUGGCAAGCCUUCAGUAUGCAGGGGAAUGCGCAGUAGCAUUGAAGAGGUCAUUGCAAAAUUCGCACAACUAACACCACAGGAAAGGGCAAAAAGGAAGUUGGAAAGCCUUGAAGCACUCAAGAAAACUUUUAAGAAGUUGGACCAUGACGUGAAUAUACAAGAAUUUCUUGGUACAAGUACCCAGACAAUUGAGGAUCUGACUAACCAAGCGAGGUCAUUAGAGACUCAACUUGCUGAAAUAAACAAAAGACUCAGCUAUUGGACUACUCCUGAUAAGAUCAACAGUGUAGAACAUUUGGGGCAAAUGGAAGAUUCACUUAGGGAAUCACUUAACCAAAUUCGAACACAUAAGCAGGAAAAUCUACAAAAGCAGCAACUUAUGUCAUUAGAAUGCAGUAGUCAGUUCCAAAAUGGGAUGCAUAUGCCCUUCAGAAUAGGUGCUGAACAACAGCUCCAACCUUUAUCGUGGCUUCCUAAUAAUGACAGCCGGCAAAUAAUAUUUCCCGAGGACCCAAACUUGCUUCCCCAUAGAGAUGUGGAGUGCUCUGCAAGUUCCUCCCUUGGGAGUUAUUCUGGUUACUUUGGCACGGGUAAAAAUUCAGAGAUUCCUAAUUCUGGGCAAGAACAUGGCUUGCUGAAUCAGUUAACUAGAAAUGCCCCUCUGAGGCUACAACUGGGUGGGCAAUAUCCUUACCUCCCAUACAAUGUCAAUUUGCUGAAUGAUACUAAAUUCCAACCAGCAGCACAGAUGAACCAACAAGAAGACCCUUUGGAAUAUCAUGUUAGUGGAAAUUUUGGAACUUCUAGACCAGGGUAUGAGACUACUCAUCAUGGUUGGGCUUCCACAUCUGGGUCUAGUGUUGUUAAUAUGUUUGAUGAGCAUUUAUAUCCCCAGCAACCAAACUGAGAUCCAAGAGUUAUCUAACCUUUUAUUCUCAGAUGGAAUGACUGGAGAACUUGGAUCAAGCUACUAAUCCCCUAAGAAUUUUUUUCCAAUGGUUAAAUUUUGAUGAAACAUCGGAGGCAACCACCAGCCAAUGACAUAUAGCAUUAGCACAGCAUGAGUGCCCCAACAUUAAUCACUGGCAGAAGGAAUGUUGCUGGCUCCGUCAAACGAGGCACUGCCCUUGUGAUAUCAAAUGUUCUAUACAAAUUAUACAUUAACUUUAGGUCUGUAGGGUUGUUUUUGCUGCCUCCUCAUCUUUGGGUGUCAAGGAUACUAAUAGCAGCCCAAAUGUGCCAUCCCUUGCUCCUUCUUAGUAACAUGAGCUGUAAAUAAAACUACAUAUGGCAGUGAUAUUAACCCAAAAUCACAUAUUUGUAUUGAAAAUUUUGUCUUCAAGUCCUUAUGGAUUGUCCUCUCAUAUAUAUGAUACAUUAUUAGUUUUCAAUUCCUGAACCAGAUAAUUAACCUUGGCAA